GCUCGGCACGCCUGCGCUCGCGCUCCCCGGCGUCCGCCCCCUCGCAGCGGCGCCCCACCGGUCGCCACCUUCCUGCAGCUUGGGCCGCUCCGGCUGUUCCCCAGCGCGUGGAGGGAGGAAGGACGCAGAGGGGGUGCGGCAGGACCCCUGGGCUUUGCGCGUCCGAUGCUCGUCUCCACCUUCCGGCCGCGCAGCCCGUGGUCCUGCGGAGCGCCCCAGUGUUCGCGCACCCGGUUGAGCCCGCUGCUGGUCCUGUCCUAUCCUCUCCGGCUAGUUGGAAGUCUUUGGGGCUGGAGGGCUUUGCGGUGAGGGACAGAGGCCAGUGUGGAGCUCUUGGGAGUUUGGGGCUGACUCAUCUGGAGUUGCCGACUCCGCUGAGACUGCACUUGGAAACUUUGCGCUCUGUGUCGGUUUUUGUCUCCCUUGGGGAAGCUGGACGGCAGUUCGGCAGGCCCCGUCCGUGGCCAGGACCGCGCGCUGGGGGCCAUGGAGUUCACGGCGUCGCCGAAGCCACAGCUCUCCUCCCGGGCCAACGCCUUCUCCAUCGCCGCGCUCAUGUCGAGCGGCGGCUCCAAGGAGAAGGAGGCCACCGAGAACACCAUCAAGCCUCUGGAACAAUUUGUUGAGAAGUCAUCGUGUGCCCAGCCCCUGGGCGAACUGACCAGCCUGGAUGCUCACGGGGAGUUUGGUGGCGGGGGCAGCAGUAGCCCAUCCUCCUCCUCUCUGUGUACUGAGCCGCUGAUUCCCACUACCCCCAUCAUCCCCAGUGAGGAAAUGGCCAAAAUUGCCUGCAGCCUGGAGACCAAGGAGCUCUGGGACAAAUUCCACGAGCUGGGAACAGAGAUGAUCAUCACCAAGUCGGGCAGGAGGAUGUUUCCCACCAUCCGAGUGUCAUUUUCGGGUGUGGAUCCUGAGGCCAAGUACAUAGUCCUGAUGGACAUCGUACCCGUGGACAACAAGAGGUACCGCUACGCCUACCACCGGUCCUCCUGGCUGGUGGCUGGCAAGGCAGACCCGCCGCUGCCAGCCAGGUUGUACGUACACCCAGACUCUCCUUUUACUGGUGAGCAGCUACUCAAACAGAUGGUGUCUUUUGAAAAGGUGAAACUCACCAACAACGAACUGGAUCAGCAUGGCCAUAUCAUUUUGAACUCAAUGCACAAGUACCAGCCACGGGUGCACAUCAUUAAGAAGAAAGACCACACAGCCUCGUUGCUCAAUCUGAAGUCAGAAGAAUUCAGAACAUUCAUCUUCCCAGAGACCGUUUUCACAGCAGUCACUGCCUACCAGAAUCAAUUGAUAACCAAGCUGAAAAUAGAUAGCAACCCUUUUGCCAAAGGAUUCCGGGACUCCUCCAGGCUCACUGACAUUGAGAGGGAAAGUGUGGAGAGCCUGAUCCAGAAGCAUUCCUAUGCCCGCUCACCCAUCCGUACCUAUGGAGGAGAAGAGGAUGUGCUGGGGGAUGAGGUUCAGACAACACAAAAUCGAGGGUCAGCCUUUACAACGUCUGAUAAUUUGUCUCUCAGCUCCUGGGUAUCAUCUUCAUCCAGUUUUCCUGGAUUUCAGCACCCCCAGUCCCUUACUGCACUUGGCACCAGCACAGCAUCCAUAGCAACACCCAUUCCUCACCCUAUACAAGGUUCAUUGCCACCAUACAGCCGACUUGGGAUGCCUCUGACACCAUCAGCUAUUGCCAGCUCGAUGCAGGGGAGUGGCCCGACAUUCCCCUCAUUCCACAUGCCCCGGUACCAUCACUACUUUCAGCAGGGGCCCUAUGCUGCUAUCCAAGGACUGCGCCAUUCCUCUGCGGUGAUGACACCAUUUGUAUGACUCUUCUAAACCUUGGAGAAUCCAGAUCCAGAAUGUGCAAAUGGGUAUGGAAAUAUGGGACAGAGUUGGGUGGGUGGGAUGUGGGGUGUUAGAGCAGGAGCUCUCCAGGAGACAUGGGACUUAUUAAAGAGGAGAGCUGGACUCACAAUAAAACCUACCACUGAGGGAGUGCACCACAGACCGGGAGUCAUGUGUAGUUUGGGGACAGCUCUUGGGUUCGAGAGAGAAUCAGUAUAGACUUAGCCAGCCUAAAUCCUGCAACCAAUAGUAUACUAACUUACCCAGGAAAUUUCAUAACACAGGUCAGAUGAAUUUUAAGGUGCAUUAUACCUAGCAGUUAAAAAUGCUGUGUCAAUGCAGUAAUGUAUAAAAUCAAUGUGUAGAGGUUUUCUUUCUGCUUUCCACAGGUCAAAAGAAUCUUCCAAGAGGCAAUAUAUAUAACAUACCAACCGUAAUGCAUAAUGACUAACUUAAGUCCAUUUCUCCCUGUAGAAAAUGAGAGCCAAUAGAGAAAUAUUUGUAGUGUUGUAGCUUAAGCAUGUUUAGUUUUCCUUUGUAUUAGUUUGCUUGGGAAGGGGCCGAGAUAAUGCUGAAGCAUCCUAUUUUGUGGAUGAAUAGGCGGUAAUGACCUCCAAAGUUCUUUUUGUCAUACUGAAGGGCCAGUACCUGACAAGCUCUUUUUCCCAGUCUUGGCUUCUUUCUUCCUAAUUCUCUUUCUUGCAAUUACUUGCCAUUUAUGUAGGAAAAACCUUCUAUACACAAUUUUGAAGCAAGAGGCUCUAUGUGUUACAUUGUAAAACUGAGGUUUUAUUUUUCUGGGCUGCGUUCUAAGUGCACUACUGACUUACUCAUUGAGGAACACUUCUAAAGCCUCUGUGCGAUGACACCUGAGACUUUCUCUCAGUCUGCAAUAACAGGACGGUUGCCCGGUUCUUAAGGGAAUUUCUCUGCCAUGGGUACCAAAGGCCCCUUCAUUUUUACUUCAGCUUUGGGAGAUCUUUUGGAUGGUAAAAUGGACUGGGCCAAAUUCUCAUUUUUGGUAAAUUUGCUUUGUUAUUAGAUAGCUGUUAACCACUGAUUGACAAGGAUUUGUGAAUGACCAUUCUGUAUGCCCAUAUAGCCACCAUUUAACCUAUGCUUACAAGUUGUGUGUCCCUAUAUCUGGUUUGUCCUUCUUUCUUACUGCUCUAUUCAGUGACUCCUUUACCAUUUUUCUAGUCCAUUAUAUGAAAUCGUAUGUCAACUCAAUGACCCCCUGACUAAAACACUGGCAGUGCUUGUAAAUCAAUGUAAAGCAUUUAUCCUCUUUAUUUUGCAUUCUUAAUGUCUUCUUAAGCCUUCCUUUAGUGUUUAGUAAUUAGUUAUAUUUUAGCUAUCUAUAAUCAUUAUAUUUGGGGGGCAACAUAUAUCUAAGCAUUUACAGUCAGGGGAGCAUAUUUGGCAUUUUGCAACAGUUCGUUUCCCUAACAACAGAAAUUGAGUAAAGUUUACAGUCCUUCAACUUUAGAUUGCUAUGAGAUACAACCUGUCUUCUUUACAGUGUUCCCCAAAACUCUGUAUUAACCUAAUUUAGAUUUUGUAUCUACUUUGUUCUGACUAUAAAAGUACUGAAUCUGUUAAAAGAGAUGGGAAAUAUCACUGCUGAGAGUAGAGAUGGGAGUAAAUGCAAUAUACUGAUCACAUCAGACUGCAUGGAAUUCUAUUUGGUUGUUCUAUUAGGCUUUCCCAUACCAAAUGCUUCUCUGGGGCAUUUCUAGUCUAGGAGACGCGGCAUAAUGGCAGAGCCUGUCUAUGUGAUGCCAUUGUUGCUGGACUUUGCAAUUGUUUUUUUCCACUGUGGCCCACAGUUCACUUAUGGAGAAGCAUGGGCUGUGCCAACCAAGCAUCUCAGAUUCCUAUGGCAGACACCGCAGGCUAAUUUCUAACUUCUUGCAUGUUAUGCUAUAGUAUCCACAGGUAGUUUGUUUUCAAACACAGCAUAAAUAAUGCGUUUCUUUAAAAAAGCAGCUGUGACUAAUGUUUAAGUAUCCAUAGAGCUUAGGAUAGGGAUUUGAUACUUAAUAGUUGGCCUGUUGCCAGUACUCUUUUUAAUACACAGUACUGCUGCUUACGGCAGGAGUAAUAAAACUAGAUGCUAUUUAACAUGAUGCUACUUGAUACUCUGGUAAAUUGCUGGUCUACUAAAGUGAAUCUGUAUCUGAAUUUUCUUUUCGAUGAGAAUGAAAGGAUCAUUUUAAUACUAUUUAGACAUUUUUCCCAGUUGACGUGUCUUAAAGUAGGUGUUUUAUGUUUUUGUUAAAUAUGGUUUUACACCAGUAUUUCCUGACUUCAUAAUUUGAUUUUGUAAUUAAGCAGAAUAAGGCUAAAAAUAAGUAGAGUGCUUCAAGGAAAGCAAAGACUAAGAUACCAAAGCAUGCUCUUCAGGAAUAACACCUGAAAUUCUAAAUUGGAUAUAUUCUUAAAAGUAUUUGGCAUUAUUUUAACCAGAAAUAAAAAGCACAGGGUACAUGGAGCUUAAUUUGAUCAAAGUCACCCUAGCCAUGAGAACCAAGGGUAGAAAUUUACUCCAACCUGGGUCUUUCUGAGCUAUUCUGGUUGUUGAUUCUUUCUUAACUCUUUGGGCAUUUAAGAUUUUAAAGUCUAAAGUCUAUCCUACCAAAAGUAAUUAUUAGAACUAGAUAGUGGAAAAGCCAAUUGAAUAAUUAAGAGCAUGAGUUACAGUGUAUUUGGAAUAAAUUCAGGGUUUCCCCCCACAAGGUAUAGUACAGUAUCAAAAUACAUCGCUGAUGUGCAGUGCUGCUAAAAAGAGGCCCUUUCAGAACUGCUUUAUAUAACCUGAAGGGAUUAAUUCAUAUCUUAGUAGGUUCUGCAGACCUGAUUUGUUUUUAAAACAUUUAUCAAUAAUGCUGAGUAAGUUCAGUUAUUUCUUUUGCUUCUUUUUCAAGUCUUCCCCCUCCUCUGUCCACUCUUAGCAAUAUUAUAUAGGUAAAGUAUAUCCAUCUUGUGUCUAAUACAUCACCAAUUAUUAGGUUACAAGUUCUAUAUUAAUGAAUUUAGGUUGCACUGCUGGUCCUUUUGAGUUUAUAACAAAGGUUUGUUGUUCUUCCUAGUAGAUGGGCACAGAACGGGAGGUAUUAAAAAGAUACUAAGAAAAACCCUGUGUAGAGCUCUACUAUAGGAGUUACAUUAACUUCUGGGGUAUUCCAAGAUCUUCCCUUCCUCACUCUCAUCCACAUCUCUGUUACAACACUUCUCCAGCCACAACAUCCCCAGCCCCCCAUUCAAAAAAAGAAAAAGGACGCCCUCCAAAAGCCCAAGAAAAAAGUAUUUUUACUUUUUUUUUUUAUGUCAGUCACCAUACAGUACUUCAUUAGUUUUUGAUAUAGUGUUCCAUGAUUCAUUGUGUGUAACACCCAGUGCUCCUUGCAAUACAUGCCCUCCUUAAAAAAGUAUUUUUAGAAGAAAGGGAUUCCCCAUUCCCAUACUGCCUAUGAAUUUUUCAGACAGAUGUUAGGAUAUUUAACCCAUUUCUAAAUUUCAUGGCUUUUCAGGCUGUCUUGCUAAUAUUUAAGAUGAAUUAUACUGAGAAAAAUGAGCUUCAGAUACAAUGGAUAGAAUGACUUUAUCACCCCAUUAAAUAUGCAGUCUUGCUUAGCCAUGACUCAGCAACUAAAGUUCAAAAAACUCAGUUAUGUAAUGUGCAGGGUCACAUAUUAUAAGACAAACAAUAUUUUAACUCAGUCUUCCAUUGAGUAAGGAAACUAUUUACAUUAUUAAACAUGUAUGGAAUUGAUAAUUAUUACAAACAAAACAAUAUUAUACCCUAGUCUAGACAAGAAAGCAAGCACUGGACAGAAAAGAUUUUCAGCUGGCUCCUUUAGACGGCUUGGUUGGAGGAAUGGAUUUUACAUGUUUUUAUAUUAUUUCAGAAUGCAAGCAUUUUAUGUAAACGAAAGGUUAAAAAUUCUUAAACCUUUAGAAAACCAUAAAAUAAUUUCUUCACUAAUAUUCCAUGCCAAUUAUAAAAUAUUCUAAUAUUUAUCUUUCUUCAGCAUGCUUAAAUAUGCAAAGUUUCAUUUAUAAAUAUUUGAUAGGCAAAUAAUCCAUAAGUAUUUUUUGGCCCUUCUUUCUCUGUCCCUCCCUCAAUUCUAAUCCCCUCCCCUGAUAAUAAGAAAAUAAAAACAUUGGUAAAAUAAUACAUCUAGACAAAAAAUACAAUUUGUUGUAUUUUACUUCUGAUACAUUAAAAUAUGUAUUGUUUUUUCCUUAUUUUCAGAAACCUAAAAGAACGUCUUUUAUUUCCUAAAGGUUAAAAUUGGAUAUACCCUCUUUAGUAGACUCUAUCACAGUUCUAUUGUUUGCUGUGUUCAUUUGCUUAAUGAAUUGCGUGAGAACAGUCACUGUAAUGAAGUGUGUGUGUUGGGGGUGGGGGGAAGGGCAUGGGAAAUGUUUUAUGAAAAAGAAGUUAUAAGCCUAAUACUAUGAAGUAACAUCUAAUGAAGUUCUUUUUAAGUGCAAUAUAUUUAUUUCUGCUAGAAAUGUAUUAUCAACAUUAUGUAAUAUUUGAAGCAUUACAUGUUAUUUGUAAACAGCUUAAAAUUAUAUAUUACCCAAAAUUGUACAGAAGUACAAAUGUGUGAUAUUAAUUUCUUUCAUUAAAAAUGGUGUGUUUUGAUAUAUAUGCACACAUUUACACCUUUCAUUAUCUUACACACUUGCUUCAUGA